AUGGAUACCACCCAACUAUUUCUCGACCCGACGUUCUGGCUCGAUACCCCAACUUUCCAGUAUCCCUCGGAUUUAAACAUGGAAUAUCCUAUUCCCCUCUCGGAAGACCUGGGACGGAGGAAGAAGACUAGAGUUAGAGCUUCGAGGGCGUGUAUUGCGUGUCGGUCCAGACAUACGAAAUGUGAUGGCGUAGAGCCUGUAUGUACGAAAUGUCAGGUCGAAGAAAAGGCGUGUGUGUAUACUAAGAGUCGACGGGGAGGGAGUGGUCGGAAAGUUGGGGGAUCGGUGAGUGAAGAUCAGGUUCAUUCUGGGGGUGGAGGUUUGAUGAGAGGGAGAGAGAGAUAUGAGGGCUCUUCUCCUGAAGGCACGAUCGCUUCCGCAAGCGAGAUUAUCGACGACGGCGGGCACUUCGUGUCACGAUAUUUCGAAUUCUUCCACAAAGCCCAUCCAUUUAUUCUUCCUCGUCGGCAAUUCCUCGAACGAGUUCAAUCAGAUCCAUCGUCACUAGACCAUCUCCUCCGGGUACUGAAAUACAUCGGUGCGCUCUACACGCCCGGUCCACAAACCGACACCCUCCGUCGACUCGCCCACGAAAAGCUCACAUCCCACGACCUCCCUUCGAAUGGAUUUUCAGUACAAGCACUACUGCUGUUUUCAAUCGCAAUCCACUGCUCCGACGAAUACGCCGCCGCGGAAAUCUACCUCGACAAAGCCAUCGACAUCGCCCUCUCCAUCGGCCUCAACACCUCGGACUUCGCGCUGCAAAACGCUGAGAACGACGCCAUCCUCGCCGAAUCAUGGCGGAGGACGUGGUGGAGUUUGUAUUGUAUCGAUGCGAUGUUCGCUGCGAUAAGCCAUUACCCGACUCAUCGGCUGGAGAAUAACAUUGGGACUGUUUCGUUGCCGUGUGAAGACUGUGCUUAUAAUUCUGGCAAUAUCCCCACACCACGUACGUUACGAGAGUACGACAACCGCGAGUUCGCCGCCGAGGAGAUCGUGUACUCGUCUUUUACGUAUCUCAUAGAUACAUGUCGUAUCGUGUCUACGCAACAAGCACUCAUGCAUCUGGAUCACGGACCGAGUGAGAAAGCGCUCGAGGCUGCGGAUGCGAAGUUUGUGAAUUGGAUUUCAUAUCUCCCACGCUGUAAGAGUGAGGUUGUGACGAGGGAGGGCGUGGAUGAAGUUAUGUUUUUGGCGUGUUUGGUGUUGAAUGUAGAAAAACUCCUCCUCCACCGUCCACACUCCCACCUCCCCUACUCCCCCCUCGAAACCCGCUCUAAAUGCACGCCCCCAAGCAUCUCCCGCCAGUCCCGCGCCAUCCGCACCCUCCACACGGCCAAAGCCCUCGAAGCAAUCACCGCUUCCAUCGCGCUGUUCGCGCUCCCCGCAGAGGUGUUGAAACAUAGUCCGUUAGUGAGCUGCGCGCUGAGUUUGAAUGUCAUGGCGCUGGUGAGCGCGUGUAAUGCCGUGUUUGGGGCGAGGGAGUAUGAGGUGGGAAGGGGACGGAUUAGGUUGGGGUUGGGUGCGUUGAGGGGGCUGAGGGGGGUGUGGGGGAUGGCUGGGCGGAGUGUAGGGGAGGUUGUUGGGGUUGCGAGGGAGCUUUUGGGUGUUGAUGGGGGGAGGGAGGAGGUGGGAGAGGGAGAGGGAAAUGGAGAUGGAUUGGGGAUGAAUUUGGGAGACGGAGAGGGGUUGGGGUAUGUGGAGAUGCUUGGGGAGGAGGGGAGUGCGGAUGGGAGUGGGGAGUUGGGGUUUAUGCGGUUUAGGGACUUGGAUGUUGGGGCUUGA